UUUUUUUUUAUAAAAAGAGCCGUUCUGAACAAAAAUACUUAUUUUAUUGACCAAAAAAAUUUUCAUAUUUAUGUUUUUAUCUGUAUCGUUUUAUCGAAAAUUAAGAUUCUCAAUUUUGUGCUACAACCAUUACCUAAUUUAUUAAAAUGCAAUAUUUUCAGAAUUUUGAAUAUGAAAUUAAGAUAAAUAUAUAUAAAUACAUAGACUUCCCACUUAAUUUGGCAUUAACUUGUCGAAACUGGUCUGUAAUUUCGAAAGAUGCUUACGCCAAAACAGAAUGGUUGCUAGUGCGUUAUGGAAAAUCUCAUGCAUUAUUCCAAGCCGUGCGAUUGGGCCCUACUUUUAUAGAUAUCCCAGUAUGUAAGACAUUAAUUACGAGAAAAGUUCCAAUAUCAAGAUAUUUUAUUCAAAGGUUACUUAUGCAUUUUGGAAAAUAUGAUCAAAAGUUGAUAGAGCUCAAAAUAGAGCAUAAUGUCGGUCAACUUGAUGCGGAUAGAAUUCGCGCUUUCCAACAAAAAAUCAAAUCACCAUGGGCGAGCAAUUUACCCAUAUUCGUGUUCACUUAUCUGUUAGAUGAAGGGUACAAACAAUUAGCAAAUAUGAACGAGACCUUACCAUCAAAGGGUAAUGAUAUGGAAUUAUUCCACUUCCUCUCCGCAGGCCCUCACGUGAUAAAUUAUGCUCCCGGCAUGUUGAGAAAGAAUUUAAAAGAUAUAGAAGAUUUGAUUUUAAAUAAACGGUUCGUUCCAUUUCCUCCUAGACCAAAAGCGUAUCAAUUAGAUUUAAAUAGCGAUCCACAUAUUCAUCAACAACCAAUUCCUGAGGAAUAUCCUUCCAAAGAUGGAUUCGAAAAUAAUAGACAGCUUAACGUAAUUGCGAGAGGAAUUCUUAUUCAUCCGGACUUAGUGAACUUAUGGAAACAAAUUGGUUAUUAUGAGAUUUGUAACGACGUUAAUGACUUGGUCAUGCAAGGAGCACUUCUCAUUCUAUUCCCACCAACUCCCGCAUCCGACUGGUCUUGCCCAUCCAUUGAAAUGGUAAUUUCACGCCUUGCUGAACUUAUAAAUCUAGGUUUCUCAUUGAAAGAUAAUGUUAUAAUAGAUGCACUCCAUAUGUUUGAGCAUCGAUUAGAUGAAAUAGGAGACAUCCUGUGGGACGCUUUCCUUGCAAUUCGAUCAGGUGAAAAUGUCUAUUCACUCGCCCUUAAAUUUUUCAGAGAAGCUUUUAAACCGGAAAGAAACUUAAAGAAAGAUGACCUACUAAAUUUCCUUAAAUCCAAAUUUGUUUAUCAUGAACAAGUUAUAAAGCAAGUCGUUAAACAAUAUUUUAUAGAAGAAAAAAUGAGCGAUAUUACGUUAAGAAGAAAAUCUUUAAUACUGUCACCAAAAAUUUAUCAAUAUGUCCUUAGAACUUAUAGUAAGGAUUCCGAGCUCACAGUUAUUUGUUUUGAGGACAUCCUUACUUUAAGAAUCUAUAUUGACAGCCCCCGAAAUUUGGAAGAAAUAUCGACUUGUACCCGAGAUUCCAUCAUUUCGGUUUUCGAUUCAUAUAUUAAAGAAAAUGUACUAUUUAAACCAAAAUAUUUGGAUUUAUUACAAAAAGCGACUAGUUUAGAAAUAAUUAAACCUUUCUUCGAAAUUUUCCUUCCGACCAUCUUUGGAAUGAAGCCAACUAGCAAGAGAGGGAAGUCUACUCCUAAGAAAAGAAAGAAGUUAACAGAUGAAUUAGUUGUUCCAUGGGUGAAAAAACUUGAACAGAUCGAUUCACUUAAUCGAAGCAAUCAUGGAGAAUUAUCAAUUAAUUUCAGAGAAUAUUUUAUGAGCUUUUGCAAAAGGCUGGAGAGCGAAACUACAUACCAAAUCAGAGAAGAGAAUUUUUUUGUGGCGAUGAAUUAUUAUCAUAAUGAUCUAAAUCAACAUAAAAAGCAAAGACGAAAUGAUAAUCAAACAGAUCAAGAUGUUAACAUGAACAUGAACUUUAAUGAUACUCCGGACUUUUUCCGAAAUAUAUUUAAUUAAUUAUUAUGCAAUUUUGAGUAAUUUAUCUUUGGUAAGUUAAAUAACUUUUCUCUUAAUUUUAUUAUGCCAAUUCAAUAUGGAAAAUGCAACGAUAAAACCAGAUUUAUUUUUCGAUAAACAGUUUAAGAAUACAUUUAUUAUAAGAUUUAUAAAUAUAAAAAAAAGAACAGUAUCAAAUUUAACCAUCAAAGUCACCAAGUCAGGUGAAGACACAUUUUUUAACGGAACUACUUUUCAUUAUUUAUUUUAUUUUUCAAUUCAAUAGUUUAUAUGUCAUUGUAAAUUUUUAUAUAGACAAUAACAAAAAAAAAAAUUUUCAAAAUUAGAAAGUUUAUAUUAAUAAUGUACAAUAUAUUUUUAUUUAAGCCAAUAAAAGAUAUAAUUUG